GUGUCGGGAGUCUGUCCCGCUUCAUUCUGCAGGUGCCGGGCAGAGCCCUGGAGCAGUCCCGCAGCUGAGCCAGCGGAGGCCGGGGCUCUGCGGAGUAUCUGAGGGCCUUCCUUGCCUGUUUCAGAGCUGUGCCAUGUCAGAGCCUGGGGAAGAGGAGACAGCACCAGCAGAGGCGUCUGGAUUCUCAGACUUGAGUGACUCAGAGCUUGUGGAGUUUCUAGAACUGGAAGACUCUCAAGGGUCAAGCGCUUCAGUUAGCAAGUCUGGCCCAUCUUGUGAACUCCCUGGGAAGGGUGGCAAGGCCGUAAGCCUACAGAACUGCGAGAAGCCACCGGCUGUCUCCUCACCCAUGCAGAGAUUCCACCUCCAGUAUCUGUAUGUCACUGACCUGUCCACUCAGGACUGGUGUGAGCUGCAAAUGGCAUAUGGAAAGGAGCUGCCUGGUUUCGUGACACCUGAGAAGGCAGCUGUUUUGGACACUGGUGCUAGCAUCCACCUGGCUAGAGAACUAGAACUUCAUGAUCUCGUGACUGUCCCCAUCACCACUCGGGAAGAUGCUUGGGCAGUUAAGUUUCUGAACAUUCUGUCAAUGAUUCCUACCCUGCAGUCAGAAGGGCGCAUCCGAGAGUUCCCAGUGUUUGCAGAAGUGGAGGGGAUGCUUCUUGUUGGAGUGAUUGACGAACUGCACUACACAGCCAAGGGGGAACUGGAACUGGCAGAGCUCAAGACACGUAGGCGCCCGGUGCUGCCUCCGGAAGCUCAGAAAAAGAAAGACUGUUUUCAAGUCAGCCUGUACAAAUAUAUCUUUGAUGCCAUGGUGCAAGGAAAAGUGACCCCUGCGAGCCUUAUCCAUCAUACAAAAUUGUGUCCAGACAAGCCCCUGGGGCCCUCAGUGCAGAGGCAGGCGCGGCAGGGAGGCUUCACUGUGAAAUCUCUGGGUGACCUCAUGGAAUUGGUGUUCUUAUCUCUCACCCUGUCCGACCUUCCAGCCAUUGAUAUUCUGAAGAUUGAAUACAUUCACCAGGAGACUGCCAGUCUGUUGGGUACAGAAAUUGUAGCCUUUGAAGAGAACGAGGUGAGAGGCCGGGUGCAGCAUUAUAUGGCCUACUGGAGGGGCCACCGGGAGCCUCAAGGAGUUGACAUAGAAGAGGCUUGGAAGUGCCGCACGUGCAGCUAUCCAGACAUCUGCUCAUGGAAGAAGGGUAGUGGAGUGCUCAGCUCCUCACUGGAGCCCCAGGCCAAAAAAGCCAGAUGAAUAGAAUGUAUGCUUUUGGGAAUGCUG